AACGCGACUUCCGGGAGCUCUAAGAAGUCGCUUCCCGCUCUGGCAGGAGGCGGGGCCCUGCGUGCACGCCGCGGAGUCUGCUGGUGUAAACUGCAAUCCCGCUGACGGGACCAGGGAGGGACGGGCCGGGAGACGGUGGCUGCAGCGCUGAGACUGGGGUGCCCCGAGGCCGCGCCGUCUGUCCUGGACGUGGCCGUUCAUUCCUGGCGUGCGGCUGAGGAGCAGGGGCCCCUCGGGGGCUCUGGGAGUCGGUGCCUAGGCCUGAAGGACAGCCACCUCGCGCUUGCCCUGGGCUGCUGCCGGCCUUCUCAGAGCGGAGGGCGUCCCCUUCCUCCACCCCACGGCCCAGGUGACCGCUGCCAUGGCUUUUCCCCAUCGGCCGGACGCCCCUGAGCUGCCUGACUUCUCUAUGCUCAAGAGGCUGGCUCGAGACCAGCUCAUCUAUCUGCUGGAGCAGCUUCCUGGAAAAAAGGAUUUGUUCAUUGAGGCAGAUCUCAUGAGCCCUUUGGAUCGAAUUGCCAACGUCUCCAUUCUGAAGCAACACGAAGUAGACAAGCUGUACAAGGUGGAAAACAAGCCAGCCCUCAGCUCCAGUGAACAAUUGUGCUUCUUGGUCAGACCCCGCAUCAAGAACAUGCGAUACAUUGCCAAUCUUGUUAAUGCUGACAAAUUGGCUGGCCGCACUCGCAAAUACAAAGUGAUCUUCAGCCCUCAGAAGUUUUAUGCGUGUGAGAUGGUGCUCGAGGAAGAGGGGAUCUAUGGAGAUGUGAGCUGUGACGAAUGGGCCUUCUCUCUGCUGCCUCUUGAUGUGGAUCUGCUGAGCAUGGAACUACCAGAAUUCUUCAGGGACUACUUUCUGGAAGGAGAUCAGCGUUGGAUCAACACUGUGGCCCAGGCCUUACACCUUCUCAGCACUCUCUAUGGUUCCUUUCCCAACUGCUAUGGGAUUGGCAGAUGUGCCAAGAUGUCAUAUGAAUUGUGGAGGAAACUGGAGGAGGAGGAGGAUGGUGAAACCAAGGGCCGAAGGCCAGAGAUUGGACAUAUCUUUCUCCUGGACAGAGACAUGGACUUUGUGACGGCGCUUUGCUCCCAAGUGGUUUACGAGGGCCUGGUGGAUGACACCUUCCGCAUCAAGUGUGGGAGUGUCGACUUUGGCCCAGAAGUCACAUCCUCUGACAAGAGCCUGAAGGUGCUACUCAAUGCUGAGGACAAGGUGUUUAAUGAGAUUCGUAAUGAGCAUUUCUCCAACGUCUUUGGUUUCUUGAGCCAGAAGGCCCGGAACUUGCAGGCCCAGUAUGAUCGCCGGAGAGGCAUGGACAUCAAGCAGAUGAAGAACUUCGUGUCCCAGGAGCUCAAGGGUCUGAAACAGGAGCACCGCCUGCUGAGUCUCCAUAUUGGGGCCUGUGAAUCCAUCAUGAAGAAGAAAACCAAGCAGGAUUUCCAGGAGCUGAUCAAGACCGAGCAUGCGCUGCUAGAGGGCUUCAGCAUCCGGGAGAGCACCAGCUACAUCGAGGAACACAUCGACCGGCAGGUGUCACCCAUAGAAAGCCUUCGCCUCAUGUGCCUUCUGUCCAUCACUGAGAAUGGUGAGCCCAAAAGACCAAAAACCGACAAGGCUGCAGGAAAGAUUACUGAUGCCUUCAGUUCUCUGGCCAAGAGGAGCAAUUUUCGUGCCAUCAGCAAAAAGCUGAAUUUGAUCCCACGUGUGGAUGGCGAGUAUGAUCUGAAAGUGCCCCGAGACAUGGCUUAUGUCUUCAGUGGUGCUUACGUGCCCCUGAGCUGCCGAAUCAUUGAGCAGGUGCUGGAGCGGCGGAGCUGGCAGGGCCUGGACGAGGUGGUCCGGCUGCUCAACUGCAGCGAGUUUGCAUUCACAGACAUGAUCAAGGACGACAAGGCUUCCAGCGAGUCCCUGCGUCUCAUCUUGGUGGUGUUCUUGGGUGGUUGCACAUUCUCUGAGAUCUCAGCCCUCCGGUUCCUGGGCAGAGAGAAAGGGUACAGGUUCAUUUUUCUGACGACAGCAGUCACCAACAGUGCUCGCCUCAUGGAGGCCAUGAGUGAGGUGAAAGCCUGAAGUUUUCCCUGCCAGUGUGAAACCUUCUCUGGACACGUUCCUCAGUGGGAUGCGGGAGUCUGGCGCCCAGCUGCUAACGCAGUGUCCGCCGACUAGCUACCUGCGAAGAGCUGGGACCACAGAACUACUGGGGAUUUAGAAAACAUAUCUGAGGACAGAGUUUACUUCCUGCCCUCAGGAUAUUUCUCUUUUUGGUUUAUGAAGUACCGCCCGUGCUGCUAAGAUACAAGGGAAGAGGUAUCCUUUGCUAAAUCCUGUUUGAAUAUGAUUGUAAAUAAAGCCUCUACUCUUGGACGUAA